AUAAAAGAUCUGCUCACUGCAGUAAAGAGGUUUUCGAAGAGAGAGAAAGUGAGAAGUAGAGAGAGAAAGUCUGAGAGGAAGAGAGAGAGAGAGGGGGAAAGCAGCGCAUAUCGCGCGUCAAGCAGUUUCUUCAGGAGAGAGAAAAAAAAUAUUUACCAAAGAUCGAAGCGUAAUUCUCACUGCAUUUAUUUUUCUCUCUUCAGCUCGAAUUGAAGUUCCAUUAGUUUUGUAUUUUAGGGUUGGAUUCAGCUGAAUUUGUGAUAGUUUAAUUGGAAUUAUUGAUUGAAAAGAUUUGCAGAACUGGAAUUUAGUUGAAAAGAGUUGAAAUAAGCAGCUUGUAUCUGAAGAGUUUCGAUCAUCUGCGUCUUUUCCCUCAUGCAAAAUAUAAUUGCAUGAUUUUGGAUCUGAAGAGCUGGAUUUGAAUUUCGCGAAAGUUCGGAUUAUCGCGAAAUUCAGCAGAGUUUUCCUGUUGAAUUUUGGAAAUUUUGAGAAUUCAGUUGGAAUUUUAGGUUUUUUAUUUAAAUUUUAUUCAUGGAGCUCCCUCAAUCCCGUCCUUUCGGAGCCACACAAGGUAGAAAAGCUACGCAUGACUUCCUUUCUCUCUACAAUCACCCCUCACUUCAGCAAGAUCCAAGGUCUUCUUCUCACGGAGCAGGAGGUUUACUUAAAACACAUAAUUUCCUGCAACCUCUUGAAGGUGAAGAAAAGACUGGUCCUAAGGAAGACAAUAUGGUAGAUAUAAAUGUUAAGCCUCCACCAGCAGCUCCUCCUACUUCAGUUGUAGAACAUGUACUGCCUGGUGGCAUUGGAACAUACAGUAUAAGUCACAUUUCCUAUUUUAAUCCAAGGGUGCCUAAGUCAGAGGAGAAUAUCUACUCAGUGGCUCCAGUAACCAGCAAUGAUAAAAACGACGAUAACUCAAAUUGUAGCUCUUAUACGGGAAGUGGUUUUACAUUGUGGGAUGAAUCAGCCGUGAGAAAGGGAAACACAGGGAAGGAGAAUUUGGGGGAUGUAAACGUAGUAAAAGAGUCAACAAUAAAAAUGGGGCAAUGGCCUUUGGAUCGGCCGCAGUCUUCUUCCAACCAUCGCAGCAGUGUCAGCCCUCUUUCGUCUUCCCAGGUACUUAUUCAGAAGAGUCAAAGCUUUAUGGAGAUGAUCAAAUCAGCAAAAGGACCUCACUCCAUGGAGGAAGAAGUUGAAGAGGAUCUGAGCCUCAAAAAGGAAAGCGGCUCUUCUCAAAAGGGAGAAUUACGCGUUAAUGUUGGUGGUAAGAGCAAUGAUCAGAAAGCUACCACCCCCCGGUCCAAACACUCUGCAACAGAGCAGCGAAGAAGAUGCAAAAUUAAUGACAGAUUUCAGAUGUUGAGAGAACUCAUUCCUCACAGUGACCAGAAAAGAGAUAAGGCGUCAUUUCUGUUAGAGGUAAUUGAGUACAUUCAGUAUCUACAGGAAAAGGUUAAUCGGUACGAAGGGUCAUACCCUGGAUGGAAUAGUGAACCACCCAAGUUAAAUCCAUGGAGAAAUAGCCAUGGGGUAACUGAAAGUUUUGUUGAUCAGUCUCGAGUGGUGAAUAAUGGUAUAACCAGUCCUGGGUUAAUGUUUGGUGCCAAACUUGAUGAGAAAGCUACUCCUGUUUCAUUAGAUGCCCCGCACAAUCCCCAGAAUGCAGCAGAACCUAUCAUGGCCAAUGCUAUCAAUGUCAAGGCAGUUGAUCAACAGCCUGGGAUGAUUACUAAAGCAGAAUCAAUUUCUUCCCAACUGCAGCGUGAUAUCCAGGCUCCUAUUAUCAAUAGUUGUGGUAUACCACAACCUCCCGUGAGGCUUCCAUCUGAUGGUGGUAAAGCUUCUUUCCCUCAACUGGAGCUAUGGCAAAGCAGGACUUGUGAAUCUGAGCAUUCUGUUGCCGCUGAUAAAUUGAAAGAGCAAGAACUGGCUCUUGAGGGUGGCACUAUUAACAUCUCUAGCCUAUACUCUCAGGGGUUGUUGAAUACGCUAACUCGAGCACUGCAGAGUUCUGGGUUAGAUUUGUCUCAAGCAAGUAUUUCUGUUCAAGUUGACAUAGGAAAACGAGCAAAUAGUAGACAGAACUCCCAGGAGGCUGCUGGGAAGAGUGCCGAAGCUCCCGCUGGUAAUCAAUCUUUGCUACACGCUAGAAUCGAUAGCACCAGUAGUGAGUCUGAUCACGCGGUGAAGAGGCUCAAGACAGGCUAAAAUGUUAUAUUAGAAGUUCGGUACAUUCUUUUGCUUUGUGAUUAGAUCAUUUUUUGCGGAGCUCUCCUGGGCGUCUGGUAAUCAGUCCCAUCUCUUCCCACAUCGCCAGAUAAACCAGCUGAAAGCUCGAGCCAAAUUGUACAUGCUAUUAAUUAUUCUUCUAUUUGAUUUUGCCUAGUCUUAAUUUCAGGACUUCUGAUGAGUGAAUAGGUAGUCCUACAUAGAACAUUCUUUUGUCUUUUUUUUUUCUUAUUCUUCUUAAAUCUUUGCAAUUUUUGCAAUUUAUUAUGUAUUUAUAGAGGCCUCCAUAUCGUGUAUGAGGAGCCGCCUAUUGAUUAUUAAGCUUCCAUAUUUAGGGAAGUUUUACUUGAUUUCUUAACUUGUAUCUUAAAGAGCUGUAGCAGAUUAGCAGGUUAUAUACUGAUAAGAGUUCUCAUUUUUGUUUUCCUUGCAGGGGAAAACCUUACAUGUAAUAACAAAUUCUAGAUUACUGUUUUUAACCA